AUGCUCCCUCGUAGAUACCAGCCCCGAGCGACACCCGCGAACCGCCGUCGACAGCGUCUGCUCACCCGUUUGGCCAUUGUUGCCAUCUUGGCCAUCCUUUUCCUAAUUCUCGUAUGGCCAGGUGCAUCACUGACCUCCAUUGUGUCUCUUGGCCUGCUCUCAGCGAGCGACGACCUGCAGCUUGAAACAGUACGAUACUACGACCUCAGCAAUGUGCAAGGCACCGCCCGCGGCUGGGAGCGUGAGGAGCGCAUUCUUCUUUGCGUGCCUCUGAGAGAUGCCGAGAACCAUUUGCCGAUGUUCUUCUCCCAUCUACGAAACUUCACGUACCCACAUCACUUGAUCGAUCUCGCCUUCCUCGUAUCCGAUUCCAAAGACCGAACUCUCGAGGUUCUGUCAAACAACCUAGAGGGGCUCCAGGCCGACGAGGAUGUGAAACAGCCAUAUGGUGAGAUUUCUAUCAUUGAGAAGGACUUCGGGCAAAAGGUCAAUCAGGAUGUUGAGAGUCGUCACGGCUUCGCUGCUCAGGCAAGCAGACGGAAGUUGAUGGCUCAGGCCCGGAACUGGCUUCUUAGUGCAGCCCUGCGGCCUUAUCACUCAUGGGUGUAUUGGAGAGAUGUUGACGUCGAAACGGCACCCUUCACCAUCCUUGAGGAUCUUAUGCGCCACAAUAAGGAUGUCAUCGUGCCAAACGUUUGGCGUCCCCUGCCUGAUUGGCUUGGGGGUGAGCAGCCUUACGAUCUGAACUCUUGGCAGGAGUCAGAGACAGCGUUGGCCCUCGCUGACACCCUGGACGAGGAUGCUGUCAUUGUUGAAGGUUAUGCCGAGUACGCUACAUGGCGACCCCACCUGGCAUAUCUGCGAGAUCCGUACGGGGACCCCGACAUGGAGAUGGAGAUUGACGGGGUGGGGGGCGUCAGCAUCCUGGCCAAAGCAAGAGUAUUCCGGUCAGGCGUUCACUUUCCAGCUUUCAGUUUCGAGAAGCACGCGGAGACGGAGGGAUUUGGCAAGAUGGCGAAGCGGAUGGACUACUCAGUCGUUGGCCUGCCGCAUUACACGAUUUGGCAUCUUUACGAACCAAGCGUGGAUGACAUCAAGCAUAUGGAGGAAAUGGAGCAAGAGAGGUUGGCAAGAGAGAAGGAAGAGGAGGAGAAGGCAGAGAAGGCGAAGAAAGUCAAGGAGCAAUUUGGCGACGCGAGCAGCCAGUGGGAGAAGGACAAAUCCGAUAUGCAGCAUCUUGCGACGGAAGACAAGAAGAGCAAGCAAGAAACCAAGGAGAGACAGAACGCUGUUGGGGGGGAGGAGAAGAAGGAGAAGAAGAAGGAGAGGGAGAAGGAGGGUGGAGGUUUCGCGAAGGAUGCAGAACGCUGA